UUUACUGAUUAACUGUCCCACUGGCGGCUUUCAAUGACCGCCCAGUCUGAUAAAUCAGUAUCCUUACUAUAAUAAUGCCCGCUGUUGGCGACCAGCACCGAGGGAAUCCAGCGUCCAUCAUGAUGCCCAACUCCACUGGAGCGAUCACCGCGAAUCCAUUCGAAGAGCCACAGCGACGAAUUAAUGAGUACACUGCCCAGGAAAUCGCGACUUUGCAAGCUCGUCUCGAUAAGAAGCUCGGUCCCGAAUACAUCUCUUCCAGGCCUGGGGCUGCGGGACAGAGAGUACACUACCUGUCGGCUGAUAAAUGCAUCAACCUGGCAAAUGAAGUUUUCGGGUUCAAUGGCUGGUCAAGCUCAAUUCAGAACAUUCAGAUUGAUUUCGUCGAGGAGAGCCCGAACACUGGGAAGAUCAGCCUGGGUCUAUCUGUCAUUGUGAGGGUGACUCUGAAAGACGGCACAUAUCACGAGGAUAUCGGUUACGGUCACAUCGAGAACUGUAAAGGAAAGGCUGCUGCUUUCGAGAAGGCUAAGAAAGAGGGGACAACCGAUGCUCUAAAGCGGGCUCUGAGGAACUUCGGCAAUGUCCUGGGCAACUGUGUCUACGACAAGGACUAUGUCUCGAAGGUCACCAAGGUGAAGACUGUACCGGCUAAAUGGGAUGUCGACGAGCUGCACCGUCACCCAGACUUUGUUCCCAGGAAAGAACCCGUAAAGCCAAAGCCCAGUCCCGAAGACGAUGAUCUACCACCUCGACCAACGGACGUUGGCAAGAACAGUAGCCUCGACGACUCAAUGGCAUUCGAUGGCGACGGGGAGUUCGGAAGUGACCUAUUCGAUGAAGCCGACUUUGGGGUAGGCGGAUCCGGCAACCCAGACGAGGUAGUACUAGGACCAGAAACACAGAAGCAACCACCGACGCCUUUAAACGGGCCCAACGUACCUCGACAGCCAUUCAACAACAACGCUCGUGCACCAAUGAGGCCCAACCCAGCCAUGGUAACGCCAUCCAAGCCGGAACGGCCCUCCAACCCAGCACCUGGUGCCAGACAAAAUCCCGCUCAGCCCUUUAACAGCAGACUCAACCCUUCCGCAGCCCAAAACCAGCCCGCACCUCAACGACAAUCCAUGCCUCCUCAAGCUCCCCAGCAAAACCUCCCCAACAACCGGAUGGUCCCACCAGCACAAGCAGGUGCCGCCGCAUCAAACAUAAGCGGUGCCGUGCCUAUCAAACGUGAAUUCGGGGCACCCACCACCAACGAACCCCCCAAACCCCAAGACACAUUUCCCGGCACGCCCUCCGCAUCAUUCUUCUCAGCUCGCGCAGUCGACCUCCUCCGCGACAACCCCAACGGGAUCCCAUCCGGAGCCCCAGUCUUCGACCCACACGCGGAGAGUCCCUCAAUCCGCAAGACCGCAGGCAUCGACCACAACAAGAGCCUUCCAGUCUCUAGACCCAUGCUCGCCGGAACUGGCGCCGCCUCCCCAGCAACAAACAACUCCCGAGACUUCGUCAACCCAUCUCAAGAUAUGAACCGCAGGAUCGGUGCCCCUGGUAUGAACAGCCCCAUGAGCAGACCUAUGACCACAUCAUCUUACCGGCCCUUAACACGGCCCAACAUCAAUGCCCCGGGCGCAGCUGCGGCCGCCAAUCGUGCAUCUACACCGGGUCUUGCCCCGCAGAACAUGAACGGAAAACGACCUCCCUUGUCUGAUGUGACGAAUGCCUCGAACCCGAGUGGCGGCAGCGGGCCUGCUCCACCGGUAGGCGUUGAGAACGACCCGAAACGACCUAAGAUUACCCCGGGUGGUGCUGCUGCGCCAGCGCCGCCGCAACAGCCGCAGCAGCAGCAGUGAUGAUAUGCUGCUAUAUUACAGUAUCAUUUAUGAUAAGGUCUAG